AUGCCGAGUACAUCAGGAAUACCAGGGGCCUCUAGGCUUCUCAGGCUCUAUGAGGAAGUGUGGCAGCGGGUCUGGAAGAUCCGAAGGGAAGCUUUCUUGGGAGUUCGUGAAAAAAAGUCAUCAUCUGUGAGAAAGAAAAUCAAAGGAGAACGACUGAUUGUCCGAGAAGUAAGCAUUGAGAUUUCACGCCAGCAAGUUGAAGAACUCUUUGGCCCUGAAGACUACUGGUGUCAGUGUGUUGCCUGGAGCUCAGCUGGCACUACCAAGAGCAGGAAAGCCUAUGUUCGUAUUGCAUACUUACGGAAGACGUUUGAGCAGGAACCACUUGGAAAGGAAGUGUCUUUGGAGCAGGAAGUCUUACUUCAGUGCCGCCCUCCUGAAGGAAUCCCAGUGGCCGAGGUCGAAUGGCUGAAAAAUGAAGAGGUGAUUGAUCCUGUAGAAGACCGGAAUUUUUAUAUUACUAUAGACCACAACUUGAUUAUAAAGCAGGCACGUCUCUCUGAUACAGCGAAUUAUACUUGUGUGGCCAAAAACAUUGUGGCAAAGAGGAAGAGUACAACAGCUGCUGUCAUUGUAUAUGUCAACGGAGGGUGGUCAACUUGGACUGAAUGGUCAGUGUGCAACAGUCGCUGUGGGAAAGGCUCUCAGAAGCGUACAAGAACCUGUACCAACCCUGCUCCACUCAACGGAGGUGCCUUCUGUGAAGGCCAAAAUUUACAGAAAAUAGCAUGUACCACUCUGUGUCCAGUGGAUGGAAAGUGGACAGCUUGGAGUAAAUGGUCUACAUGUGGAACUGAAUGUACCCACUGGCGGAGGAGGGAAUGCACGGCGCCAGCACCUAAGAAUGGUGGAAAGGACUGUGAGGGUCUUGUUCUGCAGUCCAAGAACUGCACAGAUGGGCUUUGUAUGCAGAGUUUCAUUUACCCUAUAUCAACUGAACAGAGAACCCAGAAUGAAUAUGGAUUUUCUUCUGCUCCUGACUCAGAUGAUGUUGCUCUGUACGUUGGAAUUGUGAUAGCUGUGAUCGUGUGCCUGGCUAUUUCAGUGAUUGUUGCACUAUUCAUCUACCGGAAAAACCAUCGGGACUUUGAGUCAGAUAUUAUAGAUUCCUCAGCACUAAACGGUGGAUUUCAACCUGUUAAUAUCAAAGCUGCAAGGCAAGAUCUCUUAGCUGUGCCUCCGGACCUCACCUCUGCUGCAGCCAUGUACCGAGGGCCCGUCUAUGCCUUGCACGAGGUCUCUGAUAAAAUCCCAAUGACCAACUCUCCAAUUCUUGAUCCACUGCCCAACUUGAAGAUCAAGGUGUACAACAAUUCGGGUUCAGUCACACCACAGGAUGAACUGUCUGACUUUUCAUCCAAACUAUCCCCACAGAUCACUCAGUCCUUGCUGGAGAAUGAGGCAUUAAACAUGAAAAACCAGAGUCUUGCACGGCAAACAGAUCCAUCAUGCACUGCUUUUGGCACCUUCAACUCUCUUGGGGGUCAUCUGAUUGUUCCUAAUUCAGGAGUAAGUUUGCUGAUUCCUGCAGGGGCUGUUCCCCAGGGGAGAGUCUAUGAAAUGUAUGUGACAGUUCACCGCAAGGAGAACAUGAGGCCCCCAGUAGAAGACAGUCAAACCCUUUUGACCCCUGUUGUAAGCUGUGGACCUCCAGGAGCAUUGCUGACUCGGCCUGUCAUUCUAACAAUGCACCAUUGUGCAGAACCAAACACAGAAGAUUGGAAAAUCCAACUGAAGAACCAGUCAGCCCAGGGACAAUGGGAGGAUGUUGUCAUGGUCGGAGAAGAAAACUUUACAACCCCAUGCUACAUCCAGUUGGAUCCAGAAGCCUGCCAUAUCCUGACAGAAACUCUCAGCACCUAUGCCUUGGUUGGACAGUCCAUCACCAAAGCAGCUGCAAAGCGUCUAAAAGUGGCCAUCUUUGGACCACUCAUCUGCUCAUCUUUGGAAUACAACAUCCGUGUCUACUGUCUGGAUGACACCCAAGAUGCCCUUAAGGAAGUACUACAGUUGGAGAGGCAAAUGGGUGGACAACUCCUGGAAGAACCAAAGGCUUUACAUUUUAAGGGUAGCACUCACAACCUCCGCUUAUCCAUUCAUGAUAUCACCCAUUCCCUCUGGAAGAGCAAACUGCUGGCUAAAUACCAGGAAAUUCCUUUUUACCAUAUCUGGAGUGGAUGUCAAAGAAAUCUGCAUUGUACUUUCACUCUGGAAAGAUUCAGCUUGAGCACACUGGAGCUGGUGUGCAAGCUUUGCAUACGGCAAGUUGAAGGAGAAGGACAAAUAUUCCAACUCAAUUGCACAGUAUCAGAGGAACCUACUGGCAUUGAAUAUCCACUAAUGGAUCCAGCAAGCACCAUCACCAGCAUCAUAGGACCUUGUGCAUUCAGUAUUCCCCUCCCAAUCCGUCAGAAACUUUGCAGUAGCCUAGAUGCUCCUCAGACAAGAGGUCAUGAUUGGAGGAUGCUGGCACAUAAACUAAAAUUGGACAGAUACCUUAAUUACUUUGCUACAAAAUCAAGUCCCACUGGUGUGAUUUUGGACCUGUGGGAAGCCCAAAAUUUCCCUGAUGGCAAUCUGAGCAUGCUAGCAACAGUCCUUGAAGAGAUGGGAAGACACGAGACAGUCGUUUCAUUGUCGGCAGAAGGAAAGUACUAAGAAGACGAGCUUAGAAUGAGAAAGAAGGAAUGUUAACCAUGUCAGCUGUGACUUACUCAAACCGAACACCCCAGUCCAAUGUGUUUUAAAACAAGAGGCAUUUCAAAGGGGAAAAGACACAAAAUCCUGACUUUUCACAUGCAUAGUCUCCUUGUACAUUAUCACAGGAUUUGAAAGAAAUCAUGCAAAGUUGUUACCUUGAUAAUAUAAUUCAGUCUAACAUCCCUCUCAGCUUGGCUGUACACUGCUUGGUACAGGAUUUUACAGUUUCCUAGGAAACGCUUUUUAUUGCUAUCCAGAUAUAUGGAUAAACUUUCUUAACAAUCCCAGUUUCUAUGAACAUUGUUUACAUCAAAUCCUGGGCAGCGGGAUGGAAAUGUCUGUCCCCAUGGCUCUCUUUUUAUAUAUUUACUUGCUCUCCUUGUUCUUCUUGUUCUUCUUCUUUUGUUAAAAGCCAUUCUAGACCAAGCCGUGGAUAAAGCAGGGUUGUGGCUAUUUUUCAGACAAAUCAUUUCCUAAUACCCAUUGCAGAUCCAUUUCAUGCUUGCAAAUCUGUCCAUCAGAUGUCUUAAAAUAAUCCUUAAAACAAUACUGUUUCUAGAUUGAGUUAUUGAGCCAGAGUUUCAAAAUCUUGCAUCUGGCAAGGAGAUAAUGUGGAUGCUAAGCAGGAAUGCACGUACCUCUCCCUACUUUCCCCAGGGGUGCCUGUGUUCCUUGGUGACUUAAAUUGCAGGGAUGUUUUUUUCAAGCUCAUAUAUCCUGCCUCCAUCAUAAAAGUGUGUGUGUGUGUGUGUGUGUGUGUGUGUGAGAGAGAGAGAGAGAGAGAGAGAGGAAUGCAAUUUGGCAUAGUUUGAGCAGGGUAAGAACCCUACCAAAAUCUUUUUUUU